GCCGCGUCUGGCUGGAAUGAGCAGGCAGCCAGUGCCAUGGCUGAGAAGACGUCGCCGAGCCCCAGCGGGGCCAUCACGCCCCUGCAGCAGAUGCUGGCCUCGGGCACAGGAGCCAUCCUCACCUCCCUCUUCGUGACACCACUGGACGUGGUGAAGAUCCGGCUGCAGGCCCAGAGGACUCCCUUCUCCAAAGCACUGCCAGCUCAAUCUGUGCCCUGGGGUGCUCAGCAGGCCAGAUGGAAGUGCUUCCUCUACUGCAAUGGGCUCAUGGACCACCUGUACGUCUGCCAGAAUGGCAACGGCUGCGCCGCCUGGUACAAGGCUCCCACACGCUUCAACGGCACACUGGAUGCCUUUGUGAAGAUCACACGCUACGAGGGCAUCAGGUCUCUGUGGAGUGGCCUGCCCCCCACCCUGGUCAUGGCUGUGCCAGCCACUGCCAUCUAUUUCACCACCUAUGACCAGCUCCGGGACUAUCUGCAAGCUCAGACGGGGAGCCGCGGGCACCACAUCCCCUUGCUGGCCGGUGCCCUCGCCAGGAUGGGGGCGGUGACGGUGAUCAGCCCCUUGGAGCUCAUCCGCACCAAGAUGCAGUCCAGGCAGCUCAGCUACCGGGAACUGGGUGUCUGCAUCCAGUCAGCAGUGGCCCAGGAUGGUUGGCUGUCCCUCUGGAGGGGCUGGGCACCCACCGUGCUGCGGGACGUCCCCUUCUCAGGUAUGGCUGCAGGGCCACCAGUGGCACCAGCAGCUCUCUACUGGUUUAACUAUGAGCUGGUGAAGGAGUGGCUCUGUGGGAAGGCUGGGCUGGAUGAGGCCACCUUCAUGAUCAGCUUCACGUCCGGAGCCAUCUCGGGGACAGUGGCUGCAGUGCUGACCUUGCCCUUUGAUGUGGUGAAGACCCAGCGGCAGAUUGAGCUGGGAGCCAGCGAGGUGCACCCAGUCACAGCCUCCAAGCCUUCCUCAACGUGGCUGCUCCUGCGCCGGAUCCGGGCCGAGUCUGGUGCCCGGGGGCUGUUUGCAGGCUUCCUGCCCCGUGUCAUUAAGGUGGCACCUGCCUGUGCCAUCAUGAUCAGCACCUACGAAUUUGGCAAGACCUUCUUCCAGAAGCUGAACCAGGAGCGGCUGCCAGGGUUGUGAGCUGGGCCUGGGCUGGAUGUUUCCGGUGCCCUGGGUGCCAAGUGCCAACCCACACCCCCUGCCCCGGGAGCAGCGACUCGCACUCGGCUCUGCAAAGCCCAAGUGCCUUUGUCCUGUGCACUGGGGGACAUCUGUGCCUGCUGCUGUGACGCUAGGGGGGUGUGGAGCCCCCGUGCCCAUCCCUGGAGGCUGGACAGAUGUUGCUGCUGGGUUCAUGGAUGUUCCAGCGACGAGGAGGUGCCUCAGGAGCCUCAAGGCAGCAGGAGAUGGGAGAUGGGGCUCCAUCGAGGACCAAACCCUCGGAGGGGGCUUCCCUGUGCAACGGCCGAGACUCCCAAUCCCUGCUCCAGCUAGAGGUCUGCUCCUGCUCACUAUCAGUCACACACAGCAUCCCCUUGCCCACCCUGGAUGGCAUGGGGACAUGUCAGGACCUUCUGGCUUCCAUACCUCUCCUCCUCCCAUUUGUGGUGUCUCUGUCCUCUGCCUGGCCCUGAGCUUGGACCCUGCACGGGGACAAACCUCACUGCUGCUCUCGGGGGAAGAGGCUGGCAGGAAUUCUGGCAACUUCUGCCCCUUCCCUGUCCCCUCACCAUGAGGCUCUGCCCCAGCAGCCUGCUUGGUAUGGGCACAGCUCCAGCUUGCCAUGGGACUCCAGGGGGGAAUUUCUCUUGUUUUCUUAAA